UUUAAAAAAAAAUGUUUUCUCAAACAGAAAAAUAUCAAAACGGCACAUUUUAGAUCGUGAGUCAUGAAAAUUCCUGAAUUGACUUGUACGGCUUUCUUUUGACACCGUCGUUAGCGGCGGUAGAAACUCCCGGUGACCGCGACCUCCUCCUCGUGUUUCUCUCGCUUUUCCGUCACCACCAAGGUUUUCCGUUGAUAGAUAAAUGUAUAUUGAUAGUAGAAGAAAGAGAAGAAGAUUUUUGUUAUAGGAUGAGUCAACCAUCAGUGAUACUCGCCACUGCCAGCUAUGAUCACACCAUUCGAUUUUGGGAAGCCAAGAGUGGUAGAUGUUACCGCACCAUCCAAUAUCCUGAUUCGCAAGUAAACCGGCUGGAGAUAACACCGGAUAAACGCUUCUUAGCUGCAGCUGGUAAUCCUCACAUUCGGUUGUUUGAUGUUAACUCAAAUAGCCCUCAGCCGGUAAUGAGCUAUGAUUCACAUACCAAUAAUGUAAUGGCAGUUGGGUUUCAAUGUGAUGGGAACUGGAUGUAUUCUGGUUCAGAGGAUGGCACGGUUAAGAUAUGGGAUUUGAGGGCACCAGGUUGUCAAAGAGAGUAUGAAAGUCGUGCAGCAGUUAACAGUGUUGUGUUGCACCCAAAUCAGACUGAACUAAUAUCUGGUGAUCAAAAUGGCAAUAUUCGUGUGUGGGAUUUGACAGCAAAUUCAUGCAGCUGUGAAUUGGUGCCAGAGGUGGAUACAGCUGUACGCUCUCUGACAGUGAUGUGGGAUGGCAGCUUAGUUGUAGCAGCAAAUAAUAAUGGGACAUGUUAUGUGUGGCGUCUGUUGCGAGGGACUCAGACAAUGACAAACUUUGAGCCACUUCAUAAGCUGCAAGCACACAAUGGCUACAUCCUCAAAUGUCUUUUAUCACCUGAGUUUUGCGAUCCCCACAGGUACUUGGCAACUGCAUCUUCUGAUAAUACUGUCAAGAUAUGGAAUGUUGAUGGUUUUACAUUAGAGAAGACUUUGAUAGGUCAUACACGUUGGGUGUGGGACUGUGUCUUCUCAGUGGAUGGUGCCUACCUUAUUACAGCUUCCUCUGAUUCAACUGCUAGGCUUUGGUCUAUGUCAACUGGUGAAGAUAUUAAAGUUUAUGGAGGGCAUCAUAAAGCUACAAUUUGCUGUGCUUUACAUGAUGGAGCUGAACCUGCAACUUGUUGACAGAGUUACCAGAUUUGUUUAUUCAUCUUCAUUAGAUACAUCCUUUUGUGUAAAUAUUAAUACGCUUAGUUGGUCUAUGAAGUUUACUGCAGUUCUUCAAAGGUUUGCACAACUAAUUGAUGGCCCUCCACUAAUACUGUAAAUCCUCAUAGGGGACGAAAGACAUUAUUAAUGUUUGUAAUGCUAUUUGUUGAUAGGUUUGCAACUAGAGUAAUCUUUUCAAAUAUUGAAACACAGAUUAAAAUUUUAUGAUAUCA